AACUGCAGUAUUGAAUGAUAACAAAUUGUAUUAAAUCCAAAAUUCAAAUUGUUAUGUUAUGUUAAAUUUUCUAAAAUGCCUGUGGAUUUGCAUAGGCUAAUUCAAGGUUGGCUGGAACUAGAAAGUGAUCCAGGUUUAUUUACAUUGUUAUUAGAAGACUUUGGUGUAAAAGGCGUCCAGUUGGAAGAAAUUUAUGACCUUCAAAAACCUUUCAUGGAUGGUCCAGUUUAUGGUUUCAUAUUCUUAUUUCGAUGGAUUGAAGAGCGUCGUAGUCGCAGAAAAGUUGUUGAUCAAACAGAUAUAUUUGUUAAAGACGAUGAAGCUGUUAAUAGUUUAUUUUUUGCCCAGCAAAUGAUACCAAACAGUUGCGCUACUCACGCCUUAUUAUCGGUGUUACUCAAUUGCUCAGAUAUUCACCUCGGAGAGACAUUAGGACGACUCAAAGAACAUACAAGACUAAUGGAUCCUGAAAAUAAAGGAUGGGCUAUUGGUAAUACACCCGAAUUAGCACGAGCUCAUAAUUCUCACGCUAUGCCAAAAAGUAGACCACGUAUGGACAAAACACCAGGCCUAACAACUGGACGAUUUACUGGUGAAGCAUAUCAUUUUGUUAGUUAUGUACCUAUUAAUGGUCACUUAUACGAGUUAGAUGGUCUCAAACCUUAUCCUAUGGAUCAUGGACCUUGGGCUGAAGGAGAAGAUUGGACUGAAAAAUUUAGACGAGUAAUAAGUGACCGUUUAGGUGCUGCUGCUGACUAUAGUGAUAUAAGGUUUAAUUUAAUGGCCGUAGUCCCAGACAAGCGAAUAGCUAUAACACACAAAUUAAACAUGCUUAAGACAAAUAGACAGAUUGUCUUGGAAGCAUUGCAACAGCUUGUACUUGUUGAUGACUAUGGAAAAAAACGAAAAAGCAGUGAAAAUGAUUUAUCUCCAAGUAAAUGUGUUAAAAAAGAUGUUUCUCCUAUUCCUAGUACUUCAAAAGAUUUUAAUGAUGAAAAAACAUGUCCAGAAUCUAGUAAUAUUGUGGUAAUACGAGUUCAAUCAUCUAACAGCGGCCUUGAAGGUGAAGGAGAUCAAAAAGACAUAAAAAAUGUUUGCUUAGAAGCAGGAGCUAUGCCACGAGGUUGGGAAACUCCAUCCAGUCAUUCUAAAGACAAAGAACUAGAAAGUAAUCAAACAUCAGAAUGUGUUAUGAAGGCUAACCAUACAUUUGCUCCUAAAGAUUUAUUGGCCUUGGCUAAAAAUUUAGAACUAGAAAUAAGUAUGAGUGAAGGUAUAUUACGUGAAGAAAAUGAAAAACGCAAUAAAUAUAAAAUAGAUGAUUGUAGACGAACUCAUAAUUAUGAUCAGUUUAUUUGCACAUUUUUAACAAUGUUGGCUCAGAAAGGCAUAUUAGCUGAUUUAGUACAACAACAUUUAGGAACACAAAAAAAAAACUCAAAUGCACAACUUUCAUUAUCUGUACAAUCACAAUCUGGAAAUCAAAUUCAAAUGAAAUCUAAAAGUAACAAAUCAAAUUCCAAAAAUAGUACUACAACUACGGCAACAAGACUUAGGAAAAAACGCAAAACUACUGCCAAAAAAGGCCGUAAGUCAUGACAGGUCAUAAUUUUAAAUGAAAAGUAUUUUUCACUUCGGUAGGACAUCUUGUUAGAGGAUAUAAAAGAAGGUAUUUAAAAAUUGAACAGGGAAACAUUUUGAUCAUACUAAUUUAUGUGCUGAUACUUUAAUAUUAUCUGGAGUUUACUAAUUCAUUUUGGUAUCUACUAAUUCUAUGUGUUCUUUAUAUUAUUAAGUAUUUUUAGUCAUUACUAAAUUUUUAUUACAGCUGAAGUGGAGUACAAAAUAUGUCAGAUAAGUGUAUACCAUAAAACUUUUUAAAUAACAAUAAAAAAAACUACUAAUAAGAUCUUUAACUAUUUUUCAUUGUAAUGGGACAUUUAUACAUAAACAGUAAUUUUUAAUUAGGCCAUAAACGAAGUCAAUACAGUUUUUAAAUUUUAACUAUUAUUAGGUAGUAGAUAGUCCAUUCAUUUAUUGGCAUGGUCAAAAUUUCCCUUGCUCAAGUCUUUAAAUAAACUACCCAACUAUUAUAUCCUUAUAAAAAUAGUGUCACCGAAGGCCUUGAUACACCAAAUAUAUUAUAUUGUUAGCCUAUUGUUAUUUUGAUACAAUCAUCACAGUUGAUAUUUGUUAUCUAUUUAUAUAUUUUUUAUAAAUUUAUACUAUUUUAGAAAUUUAAUUGUAAGAUAAAGCAAUUAAUUAUUUUUAGUUGAUUACAAAAUACUACUAUGUAGAUACCAGAGUUUAUUUAAAACUCUAUGCGAUAAAAAAACAAAUUAUAUUAUUUUAGGAACUCAAUAACUGAGACAUUCUAUGUUGAAAGGGCAUGUAGCGUACACAGUGGCCAGUGCUAGCUAUACCUAAGUUCUAACCCCUUUUAUACAAUGAAUGUCUCAGUCAUCCAUAAAGACUAUUAUAAGGAUAAUAAUUGGAUAUCAAAUUUUUUACUCUUUAUUGUAAAUAAUUUUUAUAAUUGGAUCUCAUAAAGUCCGAAAUAAUGGACACUUUAAAUUCUUUUUUCUUUCCUUCUUUUUUUAUGAUUUUUUUAUUUAUUUAUAUAUUAUAUUUAUUGAACA